AUGAGCUGCUCAUCUAGAGAAGAUUCUCCUGAUUGGCUCCGUUCUUUCCAGGCACCGACCUUAUCAUCAGGUUCCAUUUCCCCCGUGAAACAGUGUGAUGAUGAUGAGGAUGAAGUAACUCUGACCAGAUUGUUUCCCAAAAAGAAUUCCCCCAUUAAAGACGAUCAGAUAACACCUGGCAGAAAGCGGAAGAGGAAAGGAGAAAAUGAAAAGGAGGACAUAGAAGUUUGUAACGAAAUUGCAGGGAACCAAAGGGACGUAAGACAUGCGAAGGAGGAAAUAACAUCAGAAAAACCUUCCUCAUCCAGUGCAAAUAAUCAUUCAGUUUGGGCGCUAACUUCAGAUUCAGAUGAUUCUUUACAUGAAAUUAAGCCUGUUGCAAGUGCAAAUAUUGUGUGUGAUGCCGAAGAAUCUUUACGAGAUGAAUUGUCAGAUGAGAAAGCUCCUAAGAAGAGGGUAAAAAAGGAGAGUGAUAAACAGGCAAAGGCAAAAGAAGUCAAGGUUCAGAAAGAUGGUGAAAAUGCUGGAGAUAUAGAUCUUGAGGAAAAGACAGCAGAGAAGUGUGGUGGGCUUUAUGUCUCUUCUUCAAGACUGCCCUUGGUACUUUCGGAGAAAGUGCAGCGCACAAAGGCACUGGUGGAGUGUGAAGGUGAUUCUAUGGAUUUGAGUGGUGAUGUGGGUGCCGUUGGCCGAGUGGUCAUCUCGGAAGACUUUUCUGGAAAACAUGAAAUGUUACUGGAUUUGAAAGGAACAGUGUAUCGAACAAAGAUCCUCCCUUCCAGGACAUUUUGUGUGGUGAGCCUUGGCCAAUCAGAAGCCAAGAUAGAGGCUGUCAUGAAUGACUUCAUUCAGCUGAUGCCAAAAACCAAUGUCUUUGAAGCUGAAACCCUGGUUGAAGGGACUCUAGAUGGAUUCUCAUUCGAUUUAGAAGAGGAGAUGGAUAAUAUGUCGCAACCCAAUGCUGGUGGUAAUCAAGGAGAGGGUGAAGACGAAAAGGAACCACAAGAGCCCAAGGGGAAAACGAAAGCAAAAGCUGGAAAGCCAAAAGCAUUGAAUGCAGCAAGUCAAAAGAAGACUAAGGGUACUGGAGCAAAGAGGGCGAAAAAGAAAUCUCUAGCUCCAAAGACAAAUAAAAGCAAGAGUAAGAAAUGA